CACGUCAAAUGUCACAUCAACUGUCUGCUCUUUCAGAAGAACAAUCAACUGUUGUGCUCUCCUCAACUUCAAAGAUAUUACCAACUACCAUGGCUUCCAUGAAGACUGCAGUAUUCCUAGUCGUUUUGGUGGCUGUAGCUUACAGCAUUCAAACGGCUAGCGCUGUGCCCGUCAUCGCUGCCGAAGACAUGGCCGUCGCCGCUGCUCCGAGCGCCGUCGAUGCCGCAGUCGCCCCAGUCGCAUCCGAUUUGGAUGUUGCUGAGCACAAGAAGAAAAAGUACAGAGGCGGCGGCGGAUCCAGCGAAGAAGGUCGUUAAGCGUUUAGCCCAUCAUUCCUAGUUUCUAAGAAACCCACAGGCAUUUCGAGCAGGAUUGACAACAAGAGAAAUGCACAAGGUGGAAUCCUCUUCAUUUAUAUGACAAAGACUUAUAUGAUGUUAUUUGUGCAAAACACAUUCAAAGUAUAUAUAUAUAUAUAUAGAGAGAGAGAGAAUACAAACUAUUACAAAACUA